UUUAGUAUCUCAUACAGGCUCAUCUAACGUAGAUCAGUUUCUUUUUCCGAUGUGUUUAUUAUUACAGUUACAUAUUGCGAUUUCAAAAUGCCAUUUCGUAAUCUUUACUCAACUGCUAAAUGAUAAUAACGAAUGUGUUAAAAUCGGAAGACGGAUUCGUGGGGCUGAUUUCGCAUUGAGCGCGUGAGUCUGUUGAAAAGCAAAUCGAACGCGACCUUGAUUUUCUUUAUUAUGGUCAUGCAUACGAGAUCGCAUCUGCUAUGCAGACUAAAGCCCAUUAGAUAUACAAAAAAAAUCUAUUUGACUCUUUCAGUUUGCUCCGUGCAAAUGACGUUACGUAAAGCGUACGUUGGAUAAAAUAUCUUCGACAAUAGGUACCGUAAAGUCGGAUUACUUUGACAAAUGACAUUGAGCGUUGCGUCAAACGCAACGCGAAAAUUCCGCGACGAGACGAAAAUUUGGCAUUAACCACGAUGCACUUGACGUGCAUCAACACUUUAGGUCCGCAUUUAUUCUCUGACCGUGAGAUCAUCGCGAAACUUAUUAUAACUGGCGCAAUACGUAAAUAAAACCCGUACGAUGAUUUAUGCCGCUCGAAUUAUUUCACGCGAUCCGUUGCUAUUCUUCAGCGCAUUUAAAUGUCAAGAUAUUAAUCUGUUUCGCACGUUUCCAGGGCUGAAACGAUUUCGACGAGUCACAAAGUGAGCGGGAGAGAUUGCGCAAUACCAGUACGAGUUUCCAGGUGACCCACUGGCACACCGCGACCGCAAAGAAGGAUGGUCAAUUCGAUAUUGCUGCUUUGGGCGUUGGUCGGCCUAAUUGGCCGAGCGCACGGCAAAUGCAGCUUAGCGCCGAUCGCCGACAACGAUCGGUCGAUCGCCUACGCGUGCAUCCACGGCGACCUGAACGACCUCAACGAGCUGCCCGGCGAGACCGAGUGGAUCGAGUUCUCGGUGUCGCGCUUCCACGCGAUUCCCGACGACGCGUUCCGCCGAUUCCCGAAUCUACGUCGCCUGUCCUUCUACAAUUGCCACGUAAACCUGAUCGAACCCGCGGCAUUUCGCGGCCUGCACCGGCUCGAUUGGCUGAUAUUCCACGGCACGAGGAUCCACGCGGUGAGGUCCGCGUGGCUCCGUCACCUGCCGAAUCUCAGACGACUGGUCCUGGACAGGUAUCAUUUUUUUCUCACGAUCUAAUUGAGCUUGACAAGA